AAUGGAUCUAUUUCCAGCCCUCAAUUGCGUGGCGGUGAUGAUGUAAUAGCGCGAGCGGAACGCGCACUAUCCGCUGCAGCAUCCGGGUCCCAAACAAACCCAUCCGCGCGGAGAGAGAGGUGUUCUGAGCGCGAGGCUCCGGUAGCCCCCCCUCGGGAAAACAAAAAACCGGAGCCAGAAAUGCCCCACCGCCCAGCUGCGGACUGCCUUAACGGGCUCAUGUGAUGCUUUUCAUAUGUUUAUAAACAUUUUUUAUUUUAUUUUCGUAAUCGAUUUCUGCCUGUUUUGAGGUUAGUUUGCGUGCUAAUUGGCUAGCCAUCGAUUGAUGGGUGUUGUGGCUGUGAGCGCUGGUUUAUAGUGUUUGCUAUCUGGCCCAGCAUACUGAUAUUAAGGCUCUUACCCGCGGCUUUGGUUCCUCGGUGUUUCUUCCUCCAGCAAAGACCACGAAGAAGCUGGAGCAAAAUAAGAAGAAUGGGUGCGUUCUUAGACAAGCCAAAGAUGGAGAAGCACAAUGCUCAUGGGGAGGGGAACUGCCUGCGCUACGGACUCAGCAGCAUGCAGGGCUGGCGUGUAGAGAUGGAGGAUGCACACACAGCUGUGAUAGGGCUGCCUUACGGCCUCAGCCUGUGGUCUUUCUUUGCCGUCUACGAUGGGCAUGCAGGCUCUCAGGUUGCUCGUUACUGCUGUGAGCAUCUUCUGGAACACAUCACCAGCAACCCGGACUUCAGGGGAGGCUGCUCAGGAGGUGGGGACUCAAUUAAUGCUGAGCCCUCUGUGGAGAGUGUGAAAUGUGGAAUCCGCACAGGCUUCUUGCAGAUCGACGAGCACAUGCGGGCCAUGUCCGAACGCAAGCACGGCGCAGACCGCAGCGGUUCCACGGCGGUGGGUGUGAUGAUUUCCCCUCACCAUUUUUAUUUCAUCAAUUGUGGUGACUCCAGAGCCUUGCUGAGCCGCAAGGGUCGCGUUCACUUCUUCACCCAAGACCACAAGCCCAGUAACCCCCUAGAAAAGGAGAGAAUCCAGAACGCAGGUGGUUCUGUUAUGAUCCAGAGGGUCAACGGCUCUCUCGCCGUCUCCCGUGCUCUCGGUGACUUCGACUAUAAGUGCGUGCAUGGGAAAGGCCCCACUGAGCAGCUGGUGUCCCCGGAACCAGAAGUGUAUGAGAUCGAACGCUCUGAGGCUGAGGAUGAAUUUGUGGUGCUGGCCUGCGAUGGAAUUUGGGAUGUCAUGGCCAACGAAGAACUGUGUGAUUUUGUGCGUUCACGCUUGGAAGUGACAGAGGACCUGGAGAGAGUGUGUAAUGAGAUCGUGGACACAUGUUUGUACAAGGGUAGUCGAGACAACAUGAGUGUGGUGCUGGUAUGUUUUCCUGGUGCCCCAAAAAUCAACCCAGAAGCCGUGAAGCGAGAGGCGGAGUUAGAUAAGUACCUGCAGAACAGAGAGGGUGGAGCAUGUAAAAAGGCGAAUAAAUAAAAUAUAUUACAAAGACUAAGAGAGAGUUAUAGAAAGUGAGCGUUCUUACUUAAUUAGGUGAGUUUCUUAGAUGGCAGUUUCCACUUGCCAAUGAAGUAUACGUUACAGUUAACGUAAAGUUUCCAAUUAACGAAUCCCCAUAUUGGAGAGGAAAGACUCACUGGUACUGUAUUAGCACAGUUAGGACUAUUCAGGAUCAAUUUUAACCAGAGAGAAAUACCACAGUGUGAAUUUAUUUGAGCUUAUAUUGAUAAUUAGAGGCCUUUAAUUAUUUAUUGCCAAUAUUGAAAAGCACUUACACAAUUUAGAGGUAACCUGUAGCUUUACCAGAGGUUUUAUUCUAGUGCAUCCGAGAAUCCUCCGCUCCAGCGCAUAUUACUUGGCGUAUUAUUAGCUACUAAGUGAUGGUGAGUAAGUGCAAUUGUAGAUUAGGAAAAAGGAAUGAUGAAAACCCAACAUUUGGCUCUGCACUUUUUCAUUAAACGCUGCUAUACUUAAAGGCAUCUUCUAUUAAUAAGAGAGAGACCAAAUUUGAGAUCUCAGUUAGAAUACAAUAUGUUUAUGUGUUGGAACAGAAUUAAUACAAAGUGUAGUUUUGCGUUCUGUUUGUGACAGUGUGUUCUACAGAUAGUUGUAUUCAUCCACUUGUACAAGCAUGUGUUUAAGUCUGGCACCCGUUUCAUUUGCAUCUUUCUGAAAAGUCGUUCUAAAUGAGUGUGAAUGUCAGACCUCCACUGCUGAUUACCUGAAAUUGUAGCUGACACUGCUGUACGUGGCCUGAUGGUGCAGUUUUGUGUCUACAGCAGUGGCCAUGAGCAUUUUAAUCUGCAUGAUUCCUGUUCUGUAAUAUGGAACAUUGUUGCCUUAGUCCUAAUUUACAGUGACUACCUUGAUUAGAAUCGAUAGGUUAGCACUUGGUAUCCAACCCCAACUGCUUGGAAGAGUCCAAUUAAAUCCAGUGGACACAUGGUACUGAAAGCAUGCACUGUACCGAUAGCACGAUAAGUUGUGUACACCUCCUGCAUGUACGCUACAUUAAUAAAAAAACAGGGAUAGAUCUUAUUUAGAAUUAAGUUGGUCUGACAGAAGUUUUAUACUUUGUACAGUAUGCAUUUGUAACCCCUGAGGAACAGCUUCCGUGUGAACUGAACACAGUAUUUGAAAGAUUGUGUCGAUGUUUUACAAUCCUCUCCGAGUUGUUUACUACUUGUUGCCUCAAACUGACACUUUGUCAAUCCUCUGGUUUGUCUAUGUAACUAUUAAGAAAAAUUCAUUUAGUUAGGAAAUUCUUGGUGCAUAGAGUGGGAUUCAGCCUGCCUGCACUUUUUUGAGAUGUAGGUCUUUGUUGGUACAAUGAUUGAACAUUUAUAGUGCAAUGGUACACUGCUUUUGUGUCUGUAAAACCCAACAGGAUUUGGCUUUUUGUCCUUCUGUAUCUGUACGAUUUUGGAAGCCUUUCAUUUUUCAUAUUUUUGAACCCUUUAGACUUGUCCUAACAUGACGUGACUCGACAGGAUUUUAGCGACAAGCAAUUUGUCUAAUGUUUCAAAAUGUGUGAAUCCGUUCCUAUAGUCCAUGUUUGAUGUUUAAUAUAUAUGAAGUUGAUAUACUUGAGGAGUACUUAAAGGGAUAGUUCACCCAAAAAUGAAAAUUACCCCAUUAUUUACUCGCCCUCAAGCCACUACUGUAAGUAUGACUUUCUUCUUUCAGACAAAUAAAUUCGGAGUUAUAUUAAAAAAUGUCCUGGCUCUUUCAAGCUUUAUAAUGGCAGUGAAAGGGUGUUGAGAUUAUGAAGUCCAAUAAGUCCAUCCAUCAUAAGAAGUGCAUCACAUAGCUCCGGGGGGUUAAUAAAGGCCUUCUGAAGCGAAUUGAUGCAUUUGUGUAGGAAAAAUAUCCAUAUUUAAAACUUUAUGAACUAUAAUCUUUUGCUUCUGCUAACUGUGUUCACAAGAGAGUAGCAGAAGCGCAGUGGAGAGAGCAAAACAAAACUCCAGUCAUGAAACAAAACGAGGGUUUGUAAAGAGAAAUGUCAGAGGAUUUCAAUAUAAGCCAAGAGGAGACUAGAUUUCCUUUGCUGUAAACAAAACUUGGGUUUCGCAAGACUAGCAUAUUCUCCCUGGAGCUCACAUUACGCCUGUGUCCUAAGUCAUCUACUGGAAUGCCACUCUCUCGUGUAUCUGCGUACGACAGUUAGCACAAGCUAGAGAUUAUGGUUUAUAAAGUUUUAAAUAUGGAAAUUUUUCUUGCACAAAUGCAUGGAUUCGCUUCAGGGCCUUUAUUAACCCACCCUGGAGCCACGUGGAGCACUUUUUAUAAUCGAUGGAUGCACUUUAUUGGACUCUCAACCCCCAUUCACUGCCAUUUUAAAGCUUGGAAGAGGCAGGAUAUUUUUUAAUAUAACUCUGACUGUAUUCAUCUGAAAGAAUAAAGUCAAAUACAGCUAGGAUGGCUUGAGGGUGAGUAAAUCAUGGGGUAAAUUACAUUUUUGGGUGAACUAUCCCUUUAAAACUAGUGAAUUUUCAGUGUGGAAAGGUCUACCAGUGUACCACAAGAGAAAAACGACAAAAUAUACAGUCGGUUUAUUGAGUCUCGCCUUGUUACAGAAACACAUUUUUUGCCUGCAUUAGUAAAGCAUGGGGUUCUUUCUAUUUAGCAAAAUUUUCCCUUAAAACAAAAAGAUCCCACACGUUCUUCACAUGUCUUUGUAUUACCAGGAGAUAUAUUUUAGCUUUAAGAUGUGUUUAACUGAAUGAAAAACAUAGUGUGCCUGCUCUAAGAGAGAACUCUUGAGAUUAAAAUGAUUGUAGGUCAUCAGAUUCAUUUUGCUUGGGUUUGUUGUUGUAUCUCCUCACUGUUUGACAUAGCUUGGUAAUCCACUGUUUAUUAAAUUAGCCUUAAUUAUUUUCUUCUAUAAUAGCACAUCUGAGAUCUGUACGCUUUGAUGAGACGUGUCAUGUGUUUGUAUACCUACAAAGAGCGACGAGGUUCUUCUGGGAGAGCCUUUAAUUGUGCCUAUGAGUGAGUCUAUGGCCAGUUGUAGCAUUCAAAUGAACUUUCUAAGUCUCGUAAGGUGAUUUUGUUCGUUUUGUAACUUUAUUCUACUCAAGCAUAAUUUUAGCUUGUGCAUUCGGUAGCACAUUUGGCCCCUUAUAGCAAGUGCCAUGCGAGUGAAUUUAAACCAUUCACCUGAGAUUAUUGCUGCACAAAGCACAACCCAAACCCCUAAUGAGUCAAACAUGGGGUGGAAAUAUUGCCUUACUGAAAAAUAAAGCAGGCAUUAAAUAGGCCAGAAAGUAUUGUAGGAGAUUGCCUUGAAUUCUAACACUGUAGCACCAUCGAAUUGAUAUAUACAGGGCAAGAAAAUGUCAACUUCAAGUCUGUCCUUCUACAAAGUUCAUUGGAUUUCGAGUGAAGCAAAUAAAAUAGGCCUUUCUAACACAUUGGAUAACUUCAAAAUGUAUCUUCUAGACAGAGAGUAUUAAUCAAAAGGGCAAACCGAGCUCAUUUACUGUCAUAUACUUGCGAUGUGUUAUGCUGUUGGUCCCUGUGUGUCACUUUUGUCUUUACCUCUCAGGUCCAAACUGACAAGCAACAGAGGACACUAUUUAUUUGAAUUAUUUAUUGUCUUUAUAGUAUUUUACCUCUUUUGAAUGAAACUGUCCAUGCAUUCCAUUUUCUUUAGCCAAAUAAGCACUACUAAUGCAAUGAAAAGCUUAUAUUCUUUUCUCCUUGUAUUUAUUGUUAUACAUCCAUGUCAUGAAUAGUCUAUGUGAACUGAAAGCUAUGUCAGUUAAAAUGCAUCAUGUCUUGGGUUCCUCUACACAAAGUAGUUUCUUCACAUGCUAUACACGCUUUUCACUAUUCUGUCAGAGUAGAUCGGUCCAAGGUUGACGAUGUGUAAGGGUUACAAUCUAUGGUCGGUCCUUUCUUAACCCAGCAGACUGUUUGUGUCUGUGUUUGUUCAAUUUUACCUCUCAGAAGGUAACAGUUUUAUAAAGCUCAUUUUGAAAGAUUUUUCAACUACAGUUUCAUAGAAAAGUAUUUCAAUAUUAGAGGGUGAGCACCCAAUAUUUUCUUUCUUUAGUUUUUAUUUUUGUACAUUAGCACCCGGGUAUUAGCAAUGUAGACAAACUGUGAUCUUGUCAUUCUUGGCUGUCAAAGAUGAUUCAAAUAAAAUAAUUUA